AUGAAGAGACCGUCCGCGACGACGAUGGAGUUAAUCGUUGGGCUGUUGUUCGUGUCAUCGUUCGUUGUACGCCACGCACGCGGGCUGGAGCACCGCGAUCUGGUUCUACCGGAGGCGGAGUACGGAGGAAUUUUGGAGCAACCUGUCACGACGCAACGUAAGACAGCCAACGUGGAGGCAGCUGCCGUUCCACCGUCCCAGCCACCGCCACCACCGUCAUCGAACGCCGAUGUCGGGUUCUUUCGCUGCGAGGAUGGAUACUUCCGGUGCAACAGCACGCUGCAGUGUAUCGAGCAGAGCAAAAACUGCAACGGCUUUCCGGACUGUGACGAUGGAUCCGACGAGCUCGAAUGUGAGGACGACGUGGGCAGGAAUUAUUAUGACCAUUAUUUCCGCAAACGGCCGGCCGCCAUCAACGAUCAGCUGCCGUACACGGACUGUGCCUGGAACGAUGCCAACAAUACUUGCAAAUGUCGCGGAACGGAUGUGCUGUGUGAUAACAAGGGCCUUACGGCGCUGCCCCCGUCCCUAGCGCCAGACAAUGUCACUCUGCUCGACCUGACGGGAAAUCUGUUCUCCGAGCUGAACAUGAACGUGUUCCAGCGCUUCCUGAAGCUCAGCACGCUAGUCCUGAGGCACUGUUCAAUCGAGCGGAUAGAACCGGCCAGACAAGCUAACAGCAUUGACGCCCUCCAUCUGGACCAGAACGGGCUGACGACACUGCCGGAAGUGUUCUUCCCGUCCGGCACGGUGCUGCGGAUACUUGUGCUCAGCGGCAACCGGAUCAACCGAUUGAGUGCGCGCAACUUUGUGAACCUGGACUUUCUGGAGGAACUAGAUUUAAAAGACAACCUGAUUGACUCGCUGAGCGAGGACGUGCUGGUGCCGCUGACGAACCUGAGGAUUCUGUAUCUGAACAACAAUCGGCUCCGUAAGCUGGACCAGGGCAUGAUACCGCAGCUGGUGACGCUGCAGACGCUGUCGCUGGCGAAGAAUCAAAUUGACGCCGUCGAAGUGAGCGCCUUAAACCUGCCAUCGCUCGAGCACCUCUACCUAUCGGAGAAUCAACUUGCCGUGAUCCGUAACGACACGUUCGGCAACCUAACGAAUUUAGUAGGAUUAUUUUUAAAUAGCAAUAAAAUUACACACUUCGAGCUGGAUGCUUUCUGCGGCUGCGGCAAGCUGGCAACACUCAACCUACAAGGAAACAAAUUCGAUCGUAUCGACCGGCGGGUGCUGGAUAAUCUUACGAACCUGCACUACAUACAUUUCACCGAAUUCCAUCACUGCAAGGCGGCCCUACACGUGCGUGUCUGUGAACCGAAGGGCGACGGCAUCAGCAGCAACCGGCAUCUGCUCGACAAUCCGGUCCUGCGAGCGAGCGUCUGGAUCAUGGCGGCCGUCGGCAUCAUCGGCAACAUGCUCGUCCUGUUCGGGCGCUAUGUGGUUGGGUCGCGGAGCAGCCAAGCGCACGCGGAACACUCGCUCUACUUGCGCCACCUAGCGGCCAGCGAUCUGCUGAUGGGAGUGUACCUGGCGAUCAUAGCAACCGCUGACAUCAUCUUCAGAGGCGAAUACCUGACGCACGAGGAGGAGUGGCGUAAUGGGACCAUCUGCGCCGUCAGCGGGUUCCUGAACACUCUCAGUUGCCAGUCGUCGACGCUGCUGCUGACGCUGGUCACCUGGGAUCGGCUGGUGUCCGUCACGAGGCCACUCUACCAACGGCCGAGCAGCAAAACACGGGUCAUCCUGCGGCUAGUGCUGCUGUGGGGCGUAGCGACGGGGGCCGCGGUCGCACCCCUGUCCGCCACCGAGUACUUCGGGGCCCACUUUUACGGCAGCAACGGCGUGUGCCUGUCGAUCCACAUACACGAUCCGUACGCCAUGGGUUGGGAGUACUCGGCCGGGUUGUUCAUCCUGGUCAACACGUUCUCGCUGCUGUUCAUCGGCAUCUCCUACCUGCGGAUGCUGCAGGCGAUCCGCGUUUCGCGGAACGAAACGCGGAACACGCUCAACUGCCGGGAGAAGGUCGUCGCCAGGAGAUUCGCCAUCAUCGUUGCGACCGACUGUGUUUGCUGGAUGCCGGUGAUUGUAGUGAAGCUGGUAGCCCUGGCAGGUUACGAAAUUUCGCCAUCACUGUACGCCUGGCUGGCGGUGCUGGUGCUUCCGGUCAAUUCCGCCCUCAAUCCCGUGCUCUACACACUGACGACGGCCCAAUUCAAGCAACAGCUCGCGCGCUUCUGCUACACCCUACCGUGUGGCGCUCAUCCCGAAUACGAUAGUGUCUCGGCUAAUCUCGAUUCCAGAAACAGCAUGGCACAGUUCACACACAACGGCAGCAAACGGAUGAUGCAGCGAAGGGAACGCUUAUCGUCCAACACCAAGGUGUACGAGUUCAAAUAG